CGCCCUGCGCGAAAAACUACAUCCUCGAGCCUCGAGGAAACUGACAGGCAAUCGUUAGACCCGAUUACCAAAACAAGAGGUAAUAACUAUCGGGCACAGCCACACAUAACAUGCUGCACCUGACGCGCAGUCACUAAAACUGCUUCCAUCUGGCCUCAAUGGAACAAGAACGUGUGUCGCCUCCAAAAUCAGAGCCGACCCCUGGCAUCGUUCCUCGCUUUGUCAGGAGCUUCAGCAAGGCCAGCGCUACAAUACUAGAGCAAUCGACGCCAACCGCUCAUGCUGACGCCCUGGGAGCUUUAUCGCCCUCCGCAUCAAAACUUCCAAAAGCGAAGAUAAACACCAUAGACAAUUGGUUAUUGAAGUAUGCCCGCAAGGCGAAGAGGCCAGAAUUUCCUCCAUCCUCCUGGUUCGUAGAGGGAAGUAAUCAAGGUCAACAACCGAUCACUCCCACUGCUGCAUCCCUUCCUGCUCCCCCCAUCAUUGAUGAUGAGAUCCAGGAGGCAGGCAGCAGUGCGACUGCUGAUGUGAUUCCAUUUGAUGGUGGAGAAGUCGGAGUUGAAAGCGAACCACCAGAACCUGACACUCUCGCUCGAAAAAUCCAAGCUAUGAUAGCAUCAUUGCCCUCCAUGCCAUCUGGGCUACCCACGUCUUUUCCUCCCUUUCAUACUACACCAUCUGGAACACCAGUCAUAGAUUCCAAUGACAACCCUUCGAUAUCUUCCCCAGGAUUUCCUGACUCAAAGUUGACGACAUUCCUCACUUCAUUCACCGUCAUGAAUGGGUCGGUCGAUCGUGGGAGAGAGUCUGUUUGGUCUGUGUUAGACCGAUUGCGAUCCCCUCUAACGAAGAGGGAUGGCACCACUGAGCCAAAUGCAGAGGAACCGCGCACUGGCGCGGAGUAUGAAGAUGACAAUGGAUCAGUGAUGAUGUACGGACCUUUAGAGCCCACGGAGGACUCGGAGAUAGAGAUCGCGCGCUCUGAGAUUGUCUCACUCAAUGGAGAUGGAGAAGAGAUCCGCACGCCUCAGCUGACUUUCGUUCCCCUUCCAUCAGAGUCAAUCGAACAAGUCCUCGCCCAGAGCGAGAGUUCCGAUAGACGCAAGGGGAAACAAAGGGCAAGCCCUGAGCAGUUUGCAUCCAACAGCAGAGUCGAACCAGAGGACACGACUGCUCUUGGUGUAAAUGAGCAAGUUGAAUAUCGUGUCUGGCUCCCAUCGCCCACAAAAAUAUCCAUUCAGGCGAUGUGGUGGGGGUUCCGAAUUUACCUUCCACCCCCUGUGCUCGAUGCUCUCAAUGAUAAACAGCUUGAAGCUGCGAAACGCGCUGCCUUAAUCACAACUGCAUUGAAGUGGCUACUGGAUCAUUUACCUAUCACACUCAUGCCACCACAGCUGCGUACCCCGAUGUUUUUUCUCCGCCGACUUGUACCAUACCUUGGCUAUAUCGGAGGCUUCAUUGCCUGGAGCUGGUCAGCAGUCAAAAUAUUUGAUAAAGGGUACGGAAUAGUUCUCACUGCCACUUGGCUCCUUCCAAUCGCCCUCAUACCGGGAUCGUGGGAGGCGACCGACUUUCCAGCGUUGCAAGCGGAACCACAGACCCCCGCUUGGUCGAAGUAUUAACACUGAUCUUGUUGUUCGAUGUUUCUUGGACUUGCGAUUUUUUUGCUGCUGUACAUAGGGACUGUAUUGUUAUUCUGUAGCUGUGUAUAUGUGUCUUGUACUUGCCUCAAUUAUGUGUGUUUUGAGUUACAUAUGUCUGAUUUCCUCUACUUUUCUCUACAACUUGUCCGGCAAAUUACAUUUUAUCGAUCGAACGUUUUUGUCUGAC